UUAGAAGUUCACAAGAAGUCACGAAAGAUCAGACUGAGAGAAGCAGAAUUAAGGCUCUUAGGAUUCCUGGGAGCUCAGCUGGAAGUGACUGAGAGGCAAGGCACACAGGCUCAGCCAAGAGAGCUCCAUCAUGAUUCCACAAGAAGUGACCAGUGAGACCAUCACAGUGAUUUCACCAAAGAGUAUCAACUUUCCCCAAACAGACGAAUCCCAGUCUACCUACCAUUGGCAGGACAGCCUGAAAAAACUUCUAAAGGCAGAGAUCAAAGCAAUGGCGGCAAUCCAGAUCAUGUGUGCUGUGAUGGUGUUGGGUCUGGGAAUCAUUCUGGCAUCAGUUCCCUCUGUGCCACAUUUUACCUCAGUGUUUUCUGUCCUGUUAAAAUCUGGAUACCCAUUUGUAGGAGCUUUGUUUUUUAUUGUUUCUGGAAUUCUGUCCAUCAUCACAGAGACAAAGUCAACAAAAACUUUGGUAGAUGGCAGCCUGACUCUGAACAUCCUGAGUGUUUCAUUUGCUUUCAUGGGCAUCAUUAUCAUCUCUGUCAGCCUGGCUGGUUUGCAUCCUGCCUCAGAGCAGUGCAAGCUGAGCAAGGAGCCUAGACCAACUGAAUAUCAUUACUACCACAAUUCCUAUGACUCAGACAGGAAUGAGUGCUUUGUUGCCAAGUCUAUCCUGAUGGGGGUCUUUUCACUGAUGCUGAUCACGAGUAUGUUGGAGCUUGGCCUGGCGGUCCUCAGUGCUCUGCUUUGGUGGAAACAGAGUCGCUCUGACUUCCCUGGGAAUGUGAUUUUCCUGUCUCAUAACUCAAAUGAUGAAUCCAAUGUGGAAUCAAAGGCACUCUGUAACUCUGCAUAUGAGGAACAAAUGGUUUGUUAAGAAAAACAAAACAGAACAAAAUUCCCCAAAACAAGUGGGAACUAAACAGCAGAGGGUAUGUCUUUUUGAUAAUGCAGAAAAUACAAUCAUCACAAGGUAGCAAUGCUUGUUACUAAAAAUGUAGACUGUUUAUACAAUGAAUACCAGUAUGCGUUGAAUGGAUGUGUUAGUGUCAUCCUAUUGAUUUUGAUGACCUUGGCUUCAUCCACAGCUCAGACCUGCAAAUAGUGGCCAGAGUCCCAGAUAUUUCUCAUUAAGAUAACAGAAUGUUUCAAGAGAUUGUGAUGGAGCAAAGGGGCGACAUUUUCUUGUACCCUGCAAUUAAUAGCAACAGUUACCCAUUAACAGUCCUUGUUUUCAGAAUCCCUGCUAUGGCAUGGGUCUUUCAUCAUAUCAAUUUUAUCCACUAGUGCAUAGAGACAAGUGACCUGCAAUGAAUUCCCAAGAAGUAUAUAUGCUGUUUGGCAGCUUCAAAUAAAGUGUUUUUUUGAUUAUACAUUCUCUUC